AUGGCCGACAAACACGCACCACCACCGCCCGGCACCUCGUCCGAGGACGCGCCCGAGGCCCGCGUCAACAAUGCCGACGCCAAGCGCUACUGGGAAUCCAUCAGCGCCGACGACCACGGCAUGCUCGGCGGCUUUGCGUUUGUGUCGCGCGCGGACCUGCGCGGCUCGCGCACCUUUCUGGCCAAGCUGGGCAUUGGGCGCACCGAGGGCCGGGGGCUGCGCCGGGUCGCGCGGGCGCUCGAGGGCGGCGCGGGCAUUGGCCGCGUCACCGAGGGCUUGCUGCUGGACGUGGCCGACGAGGUCGACGUGAUUGAGCCCGUGGCCAAGUUCACGGCGGCCCUCGCGGGCAAGCCGGGCGUGCGGCGCAUCUUCAACACGGGGCUCGAGGGGUGGGCCCCGGAGGCGGACAGCGUCGACGGCGGGGCGGCGCCGGGGCUGCCGGUGUACGACCUGGUGUGGACGCAGUGGUGCACGGGCUACCUCAACGACGACCAGUUUGUCGCGUACCUGCGGCGGUGUCGGACGGUCCUGGCGCCCGGCACGGGCCUCGUCGUCGUCAAGGAGAACCUGACGACCACGGGCGUCGACGACUUUGAUGCGCAGGACAGCAGCGUGACGAGAUCCGAAACGUCGUUCCAAACCAUCUUCGCCAAGGCCGGCUUCCGCCUGGUGCGAUCCGAGCUGCAGCGCGGGUUCCCGCCCGAGGCAGAGCUGCUGCCCGUCAAGAUGUACGCUCUCAAGGCUAUCGAGAAGGCAGAGGGCGCACAGGAGACGAGAUGA